AAUCAUGCAAUGCUUCCUGUUUGUUUCGGAUCUGCCAUUAGAAAUGACUCUCCGGGCUUGCGGAUUGAUCGUUUUCAGGAGAUUGAGCGUGGGAAAAGCUUCCAACCCCAGGGUGAUCGAGUUCCUACUUUUGCAGACUUCUUACGGGCAGCAUCACUGGACUCCUCCUAAAGGGCAUGUCGAUCGGGGUGAAGAUGACUUUCAAACGGCACUUCGUGAAACUGAAGAAGAAGCAGGACUAAAGAGCAAAGAUUUCACUGUGCUGGAAGGGUACAAAAAAGAAUUGAAAUACAAUGUGAAGAACGUACCUAAAACUGUUAUCUAUUGGUUGGCAGAACUAAAGGACAGUAAUGUGGAAAUAAAACUUUCGGAUGAACACCAGGCAUUCCGCUGGUUAAAUGUAGAUGAGGCUUGUAAGCUUGCUAAGUAUCAGGAAAUGCAGGAAGCUCUGAGAGAAGCUCACCAGUUCAUCUGUACGGAGACCAUUAAACCUAAAUAAAUGGGCUUGAGUUAUGUUAUUGCUUGUUUGCUUGC